AUGCUUCCUAUAGAGGGUCAAAGGCAUCUGAAAUCCAGAUGUAUUAUGAAUUUGGAAUAUUCAGCACAAUCUACCAGGGAAAAGAGUUGCCCGAAUGGUUUACGUAUAGAAGCACCGGGAUUCACACGGCAUGUCAUUGAAGUGGAUCCAUGUUAUCAUGGAUUAAUUGAAAGGAGUACCCGCUAUAAAGAAGAGCAAGUGUACUUCAGAGCUUUAUCCCAAAGGAAGUUUGGCAAAAAAUUUCAGACACCGAAGAUUCUACCAUCUCCAUCCACCGGUUCCUUCUCAUUGAAGAAUCUCAGCAGCAACAUCCAAAACCAUGAACAGAGCAUCGAAAAAGAGCAAAAAAGCUUCACAGAUUUCUCUUUUCAGCAACCAUCAAAUCAUCAAACUGAGCAGCUAUGGAAUCAUCAGAAACCCAGAGAACAAGAUGAAAAAACAUUUGUGCAAUCAGAACACCCAUCUCAGUUCCUAACUUUCUCCCCAGAAAUUUCCACAAUUACAACCGAUUCAAAUUCGCAGAUGCAAAGCUCUCAAUUGGGUUAUGCAGGCAGCAACAUCAAUUUCGAAAAUCAAUCAUCGCAAAUAAAAACAGAUGAUGGCUAUCGUUGGAGAAAAUACGGGAAAAAACAGGGGAAAGGAAAAAAUGUUAGAAGCUAUUACAUGUGCGUGUCUCCAAAUUGUACGGCGAGGAAGAGAAUAGAAACAAAUUUGGACGGUCAGAUUACAAAGAUUGCUUACAAGGGUAGCCAUAAUCAUCCAAAAUUUCAAUCUACUCGAAUAUCAUCAGCUUCAAAUCAUUUACAGAUGGCUCAAGCUUCUAGUAAUCAUGAAUUUGAUAAGUUUUAUGGUUCUCAUGGAUCUAGGCAGUUCGAUUCCUUUGCCACCCUGGAGAAUUCAUCUAUUUAUGAUGACCUUGACCGGAGUAGCUCCGGUCGGCUCAAGUACGAUGCCAUGCCUGAUUCCAAAAAUGGGUUUAUCUCUGACGGCAGCUACGGUAGCUCCGGUGGGGACGAGCCUAUUAGUAUAUAUUAGCUUAGCCCAUAUUUAUUAUUGUAUAGUCGAAUGUUGUAUUGUACUAUAUAUUUUUGUUAAUGAAAUCAUUCCAACUCAUG